AUGAAUGAUAAUAAUCCACGAACUUUACGCGACUUGAACCAACAAACAUUACCAUUAAUACCAACCGAAAUAAUAGCAGCACCAACUCAAAGACUUUUAGCCGUCUCAACUUUUGUUGCCUUGCUUGCAAUCAAAAUACUUGAUUUUUUCAACUAUUAUUACUCUUCUCCAGAGGAUAAAUCAAUACUCGCAUCAUCAACGUACGAUAUAUGGUUAAAAUGGUGUAUAUUUGACUCGAUCUACUUCCUUACUUUGUACAUAUUACGAAUACCUUGGUUACAGCAUCCUCUUUGGCGCUGGCUACUUUUUAUAUUUGUUAUGAGUACUAUAAACUACGCUUUUCUACAGCCUGCUUCGGCUUUAGAAAUUGGAGUUAUUAGACCCUUAUCAGAAAUACUAAGUGUGUCAAGUUUAAUGAUACGAGCUGUUAGUUCUGAAGAGGAUAUAAAAAUAGAAAAUGAUGAUAAAUUCUGUAUAGAUAGUUCAACAGAUGAUUAUUAUAAUAGGAAAAAAAGUGCCAGCACUAAGAUGAUGAAAGUACCAAUUCUAUUCAACAAGACAUCACCAAUAAAUAUCAAAUUUAAAAUAAUAGAUUUCGAAACAGGAUUGAAAACUUUUUACGAAUACAAAAAAAAAGACAUUCAAAAUAAUCGUUUCAUUGAUGUUAUCCAGGAUGUUGUCUAUGUCUAUCUUCCAGUGUUUAGGCCUGGAGUUUACCAACUUGAUGAGGCAUUAGAUGAUAGUGGGAUGGGGAUAAAAAUUUAUAAACGAGAAGCCAUAAUACCUCAUUGUCCUAAAGCUAUAUUCUUACCAAAAUCUAAAUUGGAUUUGUGCAUCAAUGAUGAUCUCAAUGUCAACUUGAUUCUGAAUGGUGUGCCACCAUUAAAUGUGAUCUAUGAACGAAGAGUAAAAUUCGACGUGGUUAAUAUGUCAAUAAAUGAUGUCAUGCCAUCAUAUUAUACUUCAACUAUUACAGCAGCUGAAGCUGAAAGCCUGGCAGCUAUUGGAAAUUAUGAGUGGGUUACCAAUCAACAGAUUGAAGUACCGUUGAAUCUUACCGCUGACACAAUUGCCAUUUAUCGUCUAACCAUUUUGCAAGUUCAAGACUUUUUAAAUAAUACUCGUGUAUACACAAAAAAAUCACAUGAUUUGACAUCUUCCAUUGAUUUCAAUGUUAAUUCACGACCUACUGCAAGUUUUUAUAGUGAAUCAACUGAACAUUUUCGACCUCAGAAAUCUGCUAUAAUUUAUCUAGUUCUAACUGGUCAUGCACCGUGGAAAGUACAAGUUGGAUAUUGGACAGAGGGUGUUGAUCAAUAUGCUGUCACCACUUCAAAAAAUCCAGAUGAGAUACUUGAUUUAAUGGUAGACUAUGAUACAAAUAAACUAACUUCCAUAAGUGUUAAUAAGUCAGGAACGUAUAAAUUGCUGGGAGUUAAUGAUGAAAAAUGUUCAGGUCAAAUUCUAAUUCCUUCAAUGAAAUCAGUAUUGAUGGCAUUCCCACCAACAGUCAAAAUUGAAACCAUCCCUAUACCUGCUGAGAAUUGUCCCGGAGAAGUUGGUCUUGAGGUGAUCCUUACUUUUACUGGCGUUCAUCCAUGGCAUGUUGAAUAUGCAGUAACAUUCAAUGGUACAAGGCAGUCAAAACUGAUAAAAAGUGAAAAGAAAACCCACACUGAAAUAAUAAAACCAGAUAUUUCUGGAGAAUAUCGAUAUGAAUUUUAUCAUUUAUAUGAUAAUGUAUAUCGUGAAGGUGUUAAAAUUGAUAAUGUUGUCUACACUCAGAAAGUUCACCCGAAACCUAUUGCCUUUUUCAAAGACAUCGAUCAUAAACCUGCCAUUAAUACUUGUGUUGGUAAUUAUGUUGAAUUUGUUGUCAAUUUCUUGGGAUCUGAACCUUUUGUAUUAACGUAUGAAGUGGUUUUUAAUUCGGUAAAGAGGAAUUCAUUUACAGUUGGAGCCAUUGAAGGACCAAGUCAUGCAAUCAAUUCACCACAAUUUAAUAUUCCAGGUGUAUAUUCAGUGGUUCUAACAAGGAUAACAGAUGUGGUAGGAUGUAGCCAGAAACUCAAUGAAUCUAAUCAACUGACUAUCAAUGUUAAGAAAGAUAAACCAACUGCUGGUUUCCAAUUCGCCAAUGAGCUGUUAUAUUUCCGUGAAG